AUGCUGCAUCAAACAUCAGAGCACGCCGGCAUCAUUAUAGAUGAAGCCAUCAAUGUGCCCGGUUACGAUGCCACCCUCAACAUUGAACCCGGAGAAACCAGGAGAGCAUUGCUCAAGGUUGACUUUGGCAUUCUCCCCUUUAUCGUCCUCUGCUUUUGCUUUCUUCAGUUUGAUCGCACCAACGUCGGCAAUGCCUUGACCGACACUCUUCGAGAGGACAUCAACAUUGACAACUCGGACAUCAACUUGGCCCAGACUCUCUUCACCGUGGGUUUCAUUGUUACUGAGCUGCCCUUCAACCUGAUCAGCAGGUACAUGGGCCCAGAGAGGUUUCUUCCGAUUACAAUGUUCCUGUGGGGCAUUGCAACCUGGUCACAGAUGUUUCUCAAGAACGCGGCCGGACUUUAUGCUGCUCGGUUCUUCGUUGGAGCCCUCGAAGGUGGAUAUAUCCCCGGUUUUGCACUCUACAUCUCGAAAUACUAUACAAACAACGAGCUUGCACUGCGAUACUCCAUUUUCUGGGCUUCCAACAGUUUCGCGGGUGCUCUCGGUGGGCCCCUAUCCAUCGGUUUGCUCUCUCUUCGAGGAAGAGGCGGCCUCCAAGGAUGGCAGUGGCUGUUCCUCAUCGGCAAGUUUACAAAGUCCCCAGGCGUCCUCACUUGUUUCCUCGGAGUUCUAGCUUAUCUGUACUUCCCCCACUCUGCGGCCAAACCGAAAUCCUUCUUUGGCAGGUCCUUCAACAUCUUUACCGAGCGAGAAGCAUCGAUCCUCGUGACACGAGUCAUCCGCAACGAUCCUACCAAAGCUCUUCGAUACGGAAAGCCAGUGCUGCCUUCCCACAUACUCGAAACGUUCAUGGAUUGGAGAUUGUAUGGUCAUCUCGUGGCCGCCCUGCUCUCCAUGGUCAUGAUCUCACCGAUGAACACAUAUGCCCCGUCCAUCAUCAAGUCUCUUGGGUUCACUUCCCUCCAGGCCAACGGGCUCAACUCUGUUGGAAGCGUCUGCGCCCUGAUAUGGUCUGUGUCUCUGGCGUUCAGCAGCGACAAGUUCCGUGAGCGGGGGUUCCACAUCGCUGUAGGAUAUCUUUGGGGUGCAGCUGGCUUGCUCUGGCUGGCAUUGGCACCUGACAACGUCAGUAAAUGGACGCUUUACGGAGGAGUUGUUUGGACUCAAAUGGGCAUGGGCUGUGUGCAAGCGAUUAGUGCAGCAUGGCUCACGACGAAAAUGCAAGACUACAAGCGCCCUAUCGCCCUGGCAGCUUAUGUGAUGAGCAUCCAGCUUGCCAAUUUCCCUGGAAAUCAGCUCUUUCGGGCACAAGAUGCUCCUCGAUACACCCGAGGAUUGAGUAUCGCUGCUGGGUGCACCAUCGCUGCAGCAGUUGUGAUCUUGGUCUGGAAGUUGCUUUACCGCUUGUUUGAUCAUGGCGACGCUGGUGUCGAGGCUGAGUUUCAAGUUGCUCCCGCUGAGGAAACGGGCGGUAAAUAG